AUGAAAAAAAUACCCGAGACAUUCAAAUUCGACAGGAUCAAAGACCUUGGUUUUAAGUUUGGCGCUCAUGUUGGACUGCUGGGUGGCAUCUCCAAUGCCGUGAUCAAUGCGAGAAAUAUUGGCGCCAAUUCCUUUGCCGUAUUUCUCAAACUGCCCCGACAGUGGACACUGAAGCCUUUGGACUCCAAAGAGAUUGACAAGUUCAAGCAGUUUUGUCAAGAGUACAGUUAUAAUCCUGCCACGGAUAUCUUGCCUCAUGGAUCUUAUCUCAUCAAUUUGGCUAAUCCCGACGAUGAAAAACUGGAAAAAAGCUUCGGUUGCUUCGUUGAUGACUUGAAACGAUGUGAACAGUUAGGUAUUGGCUUGUAUAAUUUCCAUCCGGGUUCAGCACUCAAAGGAGGUGACCAUCGCAAAGCCAUUGAAAAGCUCGCAAGUAACAUCAAUCGUGCGAUUAAGGAAACACUGACGGUGAAAAUUGUCAUUGAAAAUAUGGCCGGUCAUGGUGAUAUCAUUGGCUCCAACCUCCAGGAUAUACGUGACGUGAUCGACAUGGUCGAUGAUAAGAAAAGAGUGGGGGUAUGCAUUGAUACUUGUCAUGCCUUCGCUGCUGGGUACGAUAUUGGGGAGAAUUGGAGUCAAUUUUGGGAGCAGUACGAUGAAAUCAUCGGCUUCGAUUAUCUUUGCGCAAUUCACCUUAACGAUUCAAAGGCUCCUCUAGGUGCCAAUCGCGAUCUUCAUCAGUUUCUAGGCCAAGGGUUUUUGGGGUUGGAAUGUUUCCGACUUGUAGCUAAUGAUGAUCGCUUGAAAAACAUGCCUAUAAUACUUGAAACUCCGGUUAAGGAUGACGAUACUCGCUAUGGUGAAGAAAUCAAACUAUUAGAAUGGCUUAUGGGCAAAACCGCGACCGACACCGACUUCCAAGAAAGACAACGUGAUCUUGCUGCGGAAGGGGCUAAGGAACGCAAGGACCACCAGGCAAAAUACGACGAUAAGAAGGCCAAGGAACUGAAGAAGCGGGCCCCGCCGAAAGCUGCUUCGGCCACUAGACGCAAGAAGAUAAAAACCGAUCCCGGCGCUGCUGUUGAGGACUCGUAG